AUGUUGUGUUGGAUCAGUGUGUUGUUCUGGACUUUACUUGGUGCUGGUUCUUGUGACAUCUGUCCGUGUGAGAGGCCAGAGCUGUGUUCUCCGAUCCAGACAGAGAGAGACUUCGAGGUGUUCGUGUUUGAUGUGGGCGGUAAAACCUGGAAGUCUUACAACUGGAGCACAGUGACUACAGUGGCAGCUUUUGGCAAAUAUGACCCUGAGCUCCUGUGCCAUGCGCACUCAGUGGGAGCUCGACUGGUGCUUAAAGGUGAUGUCCAUCUGGCUGAUAUUGUAGACAAAAACAACAGAACAGCCUGGAUAAAGGAAAAGGUGGUCUUAGCCAAGAGUCAGUUUAUGGAUGGAAUAAACCUGGAUAUUGAGCAGGCGGUGGAGGCUGGGUCUCCUGAGCAAACAGCACUGACAGAGCUGGUCAAAGAAACCUCUGAGACCUUCCACUCGCAGAUACCAGGCUCUCAGGUGUCCUUUGAUGUGGCGUGGUCACCUAACUGUAUUGACAAGCGUUGCUAUGAUUAUAUUAACAUUGGCAAAUACAGCGACCUUCUCUUUGUCAUGUCCUAUGAUGAGCAGAGUCAGAUCUGGGGCCGUUGUAUUGCUAAGGCAAACGCUCCACUUGAGCAAACACUCAAUGGUUAUGACCAGUUUUUGGCGCUGAACAUUGAUCGUAAAAAGAUUGUCAUGGGUAUACCGUGGUAUGGAUAUGAUUACCCAUGUGUCAAUUUGACUCAGGACAUUUGUUCCAUUGAGAAAGUUCCUUUCCGUGGGGCACCUUGCAGCGAUGCGGCAGGUACUCAGAAGCCUUACAGCUGGAUUAUGAAGCAAGUCAACGUUUCACUGACCGGCAGACUCUGGGACAGCAAGCAAAAGGCCCCAUACUUUAAUUACAUGGAUGACAACGGACAGAUCCACCAGGUUUGGUAUGACGACCCAGAAAGUCUUUGCCCAAAAGCCAAUGCAGUGAUGUCUAAAGGUUUGAGGGGCAUUGGCAUGUGGAAUGGCAACAUCCUGGACUACAGUGAUAAUCCGGUUUCUCAAGAGCAGACCGCUGAAAUGUGGAACACCCUUUUAGGAUGUUAG